AUUUCAAUGGUCAGAAAUCACCGCCCAAUAAAAAACAAAUCCACCAAAUUCCUAUAUAAACACCACACUUUCCAUACUUCCCACUUAUCAUUUUUUUAAUCAUCUCUAUAUAUAUUAACCAAAGCCCCCACUCUCAAAAUCAAUACUUUCCCUAUAUACUUAGCAUCAAAAUCACAUUUUUUUUAGUUCACAUUUCUUUUUCUAAUUUCAAUUUGUUCAAUUUUGGAUACAUGAAGAAAGAAGUUAGUAAUUGUGAUGGAUCGGUCAACGGUCAACGCCCUCCGCCGCUGCGGACGGGCAAGGAUUCCCACGCCAUCCAAAAACCGGCGGCGGCGGCGAGGGCGCGGCAGCCGGUGAUCAUAUACACGCACCCGCCGAAGGUGAUCCGCGCGGCGCCGAACGACUUCAUGAAGCUGGUGCAGCGGCUCACCGGACUAUCGAGCGGCGACGACGGAUCGCCGCCGGCGCCGGCGCCGGCGGAGGAGAAUAAUUGCGAGACGGCGGAAGCGAAGCCGGAUCCGGCGAUGUACGAAAUGUCGAACGCGUAUUUGGUGGAGGCGGCGGGAACGGGCGAUUUCUUCUGCUCGCCGAGGACGAGCGCGGUGUUCGAGGCGGCGACCGCGAUCUCGCCGUCGAUCGUGGAAUACAUGAAGAUGUAUCCUGAUUACUUGUGAAGAUUGAAUUGAUGAAUGAGGUGAAAUUGUUUCAUUUUUUUAUAUGUUUAAUUAUGAUUUAGGUUUGGAUUUAGGAUAGUAUAGAUGUGAUAAAUUAGUUAGUUAGGGGGAAAAUAAGUGCUUAGAUUUUAUUCUUUAUUUAAUUAGCCGUCGUUAGCAAAUAAAUGUAGCUAUUGCUCUUAUGAAUCUAUGUGUUGGCUUAUCCGUAAAAGAGUCUCAAUUAUGUACAUUUAUACUACUCAUUAUAUAA